AUGGAUGUUCCAAUCAUGGUUGGAGAUUGCUACAUCCCUGCUGAUUUUGUAGUUCUUGAGCUGGAACACCAACCUAAAGACCCUCUUAUCUUGGGAAGGCCAUUCCUAGCUACUGCAGGAGCUAUAAUAGAUGUCAAGAAUGGAAAGAUUGACUUGCAUCUUGGAGAUAUAGUGAUGAAUUUCGAAGUAAACAAGUCUAUGGAGAAGCCAACUGUAGAUGGUCAAGCUUUUUGGAUUGGAGAGCUCGCAGAGACAAGAGAAGAAGUGCUGGAUGAACUCCUUCUUAUUGAUCCCUUGGAGCUAGCUUUGACAAAGGCUGAGAAUGAGUAUGGAUACAUGGAAAGAGAAGCUCAAUGCUUAGUCAAGUUCAUGGAUUCAAAGGAAGCUUAUAAAGAGCUGAUAGCUUAUAUGGACUUAGAGAGAGAAGAGGAAGAGCCAGACAUUGACAAGGUCAGGAAAAUCACAAACCAAGUUAAGUUCGACCCAUGGUGCCCACUUAGAGCUCCAAAAGCCGAGCUAAAACAACUCCCAGUUGGUCUAAGGUAUGAAUAUCUUGGUCCUAAUGAAACAUAUCCUGUUAUUGUUAAUGCUGCACUAACAAAAGAAGAGACCGCUUUACUUGUUCGCGAACUGAGAAAGCAUAGAAAGGCUCUUGGUUACUCUUUGGAUGAUUUAACAGGAAUCUCACCUGAACUAUGCACACAUCGCAUCAUCCUGGAGGAUGAGUCUAGUUCUUCAAUUGAACACCAAAGGAGGCUAAACCCAAACCUAAAGGAAGUUGUCAAGAAGGAGAUAAUGAAGCUAUUGAAAGCUGGAGUGAUUUAUCCAAUAUCAGAUAGUGCAUGGGUCAGCCCUGUACAUGUCGUGCCAAAGAAAGGAGGGAUCACAGUCAUCAAGAAUGAACAUGAUGAGCUCAUUCCAACAAGACAAUCACUGGACACAGAAUGUGUGUCGACUACAGGAAGCUGA